AUGGGCGAAAUCUACAGCAAAUGCAAACGCGUCCUAAUCUGGCUCGGGCAAGAAGUGCAAGACACCGAAUCCAUGUCUUAUUACUUCGAAAACAGCGCAUUCGUAGCACCCCAGCUCCACGCCUCGUCUUCAUUCUCCUCAACAGGCAGCCACCAUGUACCUCCUGACCAGAAACCCCUCAUCUUCUCCCUCCCCCGCCAACAAUCCUUCGUACGCUCCUUACUAUCCCUCCCCUGGUUCAGCAGAGCCUGGGUAGUACAAGAAGCCGUGCUACCACCCAAAGCCACCUGCUUCCUCGCUUCCUUCACCUUUCCCAUCGACGAGCUCUGGGCCGUUAUCCGGCGCUUCAGGAGCUCAGAAGACCGCAUCUCAUCCGCGGAUUACGUCGGUCUACGACAGUUACAAGGCUACCUAGUACUAAGCGAGAUCAUGCGCUUGAGAGACCAACGGCGGGGCGUCGCGGGUGAAAGCAGUGGUGGUGAAGAAAAACCUUCUUUCUACCACUCGCUCUCUCUGUUUGCGCCGAGGUGUAGGACUACGAAUAAGCAUGAUAUUGUCUAUGCGUUUCUGGGGCUGCAAGAUGAAUCGCAGAUAAGUAUCUUGCCUGAUUACCAUAUUGAUUGGAAUGAGGUUCCUGUUAUGGUCACUAGAUCCAUCGUCGAAGCAACGGAGAGUCUGGAUCUCUUGGGCGUAUUACACCGGCGGGACGACGACGAAACUAGGUGGUUGUCGAAUCUGCCGUCCUGGGUCCCAGACUGGUCGCGGCGGUUGAAAGCGGAAGCGUUGACAGAGAACCAGCAACAAGCCGCCAUCAAUGGCCCGUACAUUUCUACCUCAACAUCGCGCGCUUGGGAGAUGUUCUCCGAGACGUCUGGCCACAAGGACGUACUGUACCAUCUCGAGAGCACAUAUUGA